UUUAACAAAAUCGAAAUUCCAAUUUUACCCUGGUUAUCUAAUUAAUUAUUAAUUUUUAAUAUAAAAAUUCUCGGUUUUCUGUUAACCAAGUCAAACCAGAAAUUAACCCGGCUAUCUCUCUUCUUUCUCCUCUUUAAUCGGAUCAUACCCAAAAACCAUGAUUGAUUCGAAAACCCACCACCGCAGUUGAUUGAAGAGAUGCCGUCUUUGAUCAGAUUGAUCGGUGAAGAUGAUGAGAUUUUAAAGGCUCAGUUUCAUGAGUGUAAUCAUAUCUUAGAUUUUUUGUAUUUCCGAGAAUCGAAGAAGAACUCGAGGAAGAAGAAGACAGAGUAAACGACAAUGGCGGAAACAGAGCAAUCAUGUUUCUGAGAGAGAUUAAGCAUCAAUUCAAAUGGGUUUUCGCGUCUCAAACUGUGGAUCUAAUCUUGAGAUUCCAGUGGAGAAUCAUAUCAAAUCUUCCUGGCUUCAUGGCUCUGAAACUUUCAGCUGAUUAUCUCGUCACAAGACAAGAACACGAGGCAGCAACAAUAGCAACAUCGGUUUUGGAUCCGGAUAUCGAAAAGCCUCCUCUUGUAGAAGAGCUUGCAAUCCCAUCAGUCUCAGAUCUCCACAAAGCCGGAGUUAGAUUCAAAGCAACAACGAACGAUUCUUGUGUUUUUGGCUGCGGUAUUGUUGAUGGCGAUGUCGGCGUUGAAAGCUUCGUAGAAGAAAGCAGAUUUGUGGGAGAGAGAUGGGUAUGAGAUGGAGAGAGAUGAGACCGAUUGGAAGAAGGAGUUCGUAGGGAGGGGAGAUGAGAGGAGAUCGAGAAGAGAGAAACAGAUUCUUACUUUGUCUUGAGCAAAAUAAGAAUUAGAGAGAGGAGAAAGAAGAAGAGAGAUAACCGGGUUAAUUUCUGGUUUGACAUGGUUAACAAAAAACCGAGAAUUUUUUUUUAAAAAUUAAUAAUUAAUUAGAUUACUAGGGUAAAAUUGGAAUUUUGAUUUUGUUAAAAAA